AUGGCGAUGCCUGCAGGCAUGCCCAUGGGCAUGCAACCCCAAAUCAUCCUGCUCCGCGAGGGCACGGACACCAGCCAGGGCAAGGCGCAGCUCAUCUCCAACAUCAACGCCUGCAUGGCGGUCGUGGACACCGUCCGGACCACCCUCGGCCCGCGCGGCAUGGACAAGCUCAUCCACGACGAGCGCGGCACGACCACCAUCUCCAACGACGGAGCCACCAUCAUGCGCCUCCUCGAGAUCGUCCACCCCGCCGCCAAGACGCUCACGGACAUUUCUCUCUCGCAGGACUCCGAGGUCGGCGACGGCACGACGACGGUCGUCCUGCUCGCGGGCGAGUUCCUGAAGGAGGCCAAGCCGUUCGUCGAGGAGGGCGUGCACCCGCGCAGCAUCAUGCGCGCCUACCGCACGGCCUGCCAGAUGGCCAUCGAGAAGGUGCGCGAGCUCUCGAUCAGCAUCGAGGCCGGGUCCCCCGAGGAGCAGCGCUCGCUCCUGGAGAAGUGCGCGAUGACGUCGAUGAACUCCAAGCUCGUCUCGGGCGAGCGCGAGUUCUUCUCCCAGAUGGUGGUCGACGCGGUGCUCAAGCUCGACCGCCAGGACCUCGACCUGCGCAUGAUCGGCGUCAAGAAGGUCACCGGCGGCGGCCUGCGCGACUCCUUCCUCGUCGACGGCGUCGCCUUCAAGAAGACGUUCAGCUACGCCGGCUUUGAGCAGCAGCCCAAGGCGUUCACGGACCCGAAGAUCCUGCUCCUGAACAUCGAGCUCGAGCUCAAGGCCGAGCGCGAGAACGCGGAGAUCCGCCUGGACGACCCCGCGAAGUACCAGAGCAUCGUCGACGCGGAGUGGAACAUCAUUUACGAGAAGCUCAAGCUGUGCGUCGACUCCGGGGCGCAGAUCGUGCUGUCGCGGCUGGCGAUCGGGGACCUCGCGACGCAGUACUUCGCGGACCGCGGCGUGUUCUGCGCCGGCCGCGUCGCCGACGAGGACAUGCGGCGCGUCGCCAAGGCCACGGGUGCCAAGGUGCAGACCACGGUCAACGGGCUCGAGCCGUCCGUGCUGGGGCAGUGCGCGAAGUUCGAGGAGCGGCAGGUCGGCAACGAGCGGUACAACCUGUUCAUGGGGUGCCCCGAGGCGCGCACGGCGACCAUGGUGCUGCGCGGCGGCAGCGAGCAGUUCAUCGACGAGGCGGAGCGCUCGCUGCACGACGCGAUCAUGAUCGUGCGGCGCGCGGUGAAGCACCCGCACGUCGUGCCCGGCGGCGGCGCGAUCGACAUGGAGGUCUCGAAGCACCUGCGCGAGGCCGCGCGGACCAUUGAGGGCAAGGCGCAGAUGUUUGUGCGGGCGUUCUCGCGCGCGAUGGAGGUGAUCCCGCGGCAGCUGUGCGACAACGCGGGCUUCGACGCGACGAACGUGCUGAACCGGCUGCGGCAGAAGCACCACAUGCCGGACGGCGAGGGGCGGAAUUUCGGCAUGGAUGUUUCUACGGGGGGGGUGUGCGACACGUACGCGAGCUUCGUGUGGGAGCCGGCGCUGGUGAAGCUGAACGCGAUCCAGGCGGCCACGGAGGCCGCGUGCCUCGUGCUGUCGGUCGACGAGACCGUGCGGAACCCGCAGUCGGAGCAGGCGCAGAUGGCGGGCGGCGGGAUGCCGGGGAUGGGCGGGCGCGGGGGCGGCCGGGGCGGGCGGGGCCGCGGGCGCGGGCGCGGGAUGAGGCGGUGA